AUGAACGUGGAUCAGCAGGCGCAGGUUGCCGCGGCAAAUUCAAAUUUUGGCAGAUCUCUAGGUUGUCUGUUCGGGUCCCCGGUGAAUGCGACCUGUUACCCGACGCAUCAGGAGCCUUACAAGACCGCGACUCCCGCUGCGACGUUCCCUCCAGAUUGGAAAGAACCCUGGCAUCUCGAGGGUAAUAGCUGCGGCGGCACGGAUGACAGCGAACAGUAUAUUCCAGAAAGCGAACUUGUUCACACCCAUUUCUCUAAUGACGUGAAACCAGAAAAGAUCCACAACAUCUGGAAGAGCUCGAUGCAAGCGCGGGGUUAUUCGGCUGACAACUUGGAGGAACUUUACGCGGGAAGUUACCAGCAUACGGGGUGUUUCUAUUCGAACCCGUUUUACGACAAACUCGCGUCCUUCUCGUCAAAGCAAACGUUGCCCCAAAGUGUGGAUCCCAACGUCUCGGGAGAUGUCGCGAGUCAGCGACAACUCGUCAAAGAGGAACCCGUCGAGAAAGAAAUAACCACAAUAUCGAGUUGCGACAAAACCACGCAGGCGUCCAAAAUCAAGACGGCGUGGCGCUACGCCAGCACGGACAAAGCGGAACCAAAACCGAGUCAAGAAAAUUGUCCAUUGAGUACCCAAGGCCAUUCCAACGGACGCAGGGGAUCCCUUCAGCUGUGGCAGUUUCUGGUAGCGUUGUUGGACGCUCCUGACGCCAGUGCCGGGUGUAUCGCUUGGACGGGCAGGGGCAUGGAGUUUAAACUAGUCGAGCCAGAAGAAGUAGCGAGGAGGUGGGGCGCGCAGAAGAAUCGGCCAGCGAUGAACUACGACAAACUCAGCAGAUCUCUGCGUUAUUACUACGAAAAAGGAAUUAUGCAGAAAGUCGCUGGUGAAAGGUACGUUUACAAAUUCGUAUGCGAACCCGACGUCUUGUUCGGCAUGGCCUACGGCCACCAUCAGAUGGAUCCCGCUAAAAGUCCGUUGGCCAGCAGGUCGGACAACUUGCCCGGCAAGCUGGAGUCGACCCACAACUUGGCCUACACGGACAUGUUCAGUUUUUACAAUUGCGGCAUCGCGCACUCUUACCAGCACUUACAUCCUUAUCUUCAGGACCCCAAACCGACGCGGUAUCCCUAGUUUUUCCCCCGAUCCCGUCGAUAUUGAGGACUUUUCGACCGUCUGCGACACAUUAACGUUACAUAUCAUUAGUCAUUAGAAGAUCUCGCAUUUUUUUUCUAACAUUUAAGAAACUUUGUUUCACGUAAAUACAGGGUGCUCCAGAAAACAUGAGGUAAGGCUUCAAGAUGUGAUUUUUUUUUAAUCUGCUUUUUUGCAAUAAGCUAAACAAUUUUUGCAUAAUUUUUUGAUCUUCUCCUUCCAGUGCGUAUCCACUAAUGGAUGUUUCUCUAUUGCUUGCGGUCCACUAUCUAAUAUUACGUAGCCAAGACAUUUUUUUCCUUGCGAUCUCCGGCCUUCGAUCAGCAGAUGCAAGAAUUUGUACUUCGCGUUUCGCAUUAUAUAUCCCUGAUGCCGUUUUAUUCUUCUUACUCAAUUCAAACAGUUUGUUAGUUUAUCCGUUCAACGGGUUGUGCGAUGCAGUCACAUCUCGAAGGCCUCCAAUUUAUUGAUUGUAUUCGCCUUUAGUGUUCAACCUUCUCAACCGUAAAGAAGCACGGACCGAACGUAGCAUUUAACGAAUCUGAGUCUUAGGUUAAGGUCAAGAUCGGAACAGGUAAGCACCUUUCGAAACCUCCAGAAUGCCAGUCGAGCCUGUUCAAUGCGACUUUUUAUUUCCUUGUCUGAUGUCCAUUCUUCGCAAACCCAAAUCCCCACGUACUUAAACUUAUCUACUCUUUCUACGGGCUUUGCGUUAAAUGCUUUGGUGCAGUUUUCAAACAUAUUUAGGUUUCUAGGGAUAAUCAUAAACUUUGUUUUUUUGGUGUUGAUAUUCGGGCCCAUUGAUUUGCUAGUUGACUAGGUGUUGUAGGUCGUGUAUGUUAUCAGCAAUUAAGACCGUAUCGUCAGCAUAGCGGAUAUUGUUGAUCCACCCUCCAUUAAUUUUGACUCCCAUCUCCGCCUCUUAGAAAGCUUCCUAAAAACUCGCCUCCAAAUGCAAGUUGAACAGGAGCGCUGACAGCACACAUCACUGCCGUACUCCCCUUCUAAUCUGUAUGGUUUUGGACAUAUUGUUGCCUAGUUUAAUUAUAUAGAAUGAUAAAGUGCUAAUUUUAGUAUUGUCAACGAAAUGUAAGCCAUUGACUUUUUUUGCAAUUUU